AUGUAUAAUUCUUUUUUCCUUUCUCCUUCUGUAUUUAGUUAUUUUGAUUAUUUUUUUAAUAAUUUAGAUCUUCUUUUUAAAAGGACUAUAAGUUUUAUUAGAGGGGGUAGGGAGAAAGUUUACAAUAAAGGGGUUAAAUUUACUCCUUAUAUUAAUCAUGUUUCGGUAAAAUUUAAUUCGGAAGACGUUGACGAUUCUUUUAAUUAUUACUUAGAUAAGAAUUUUACUUCGUGUUAUGUUGUUUGUGUUCCUUUAAAGUUUUCUUUUAAUUCUGUAAAGGAGUUUUACGUUAAUUACAAUAUAUUAAAUAUUCCUAAAAUUUCCCCUUCGGGUGAGGUGAUAUUAAAGGGUUAUAAUAGAGUUUCUAUUUUAUAUGUUAAGUCUUCUGUUAAGUGUGUUUCUUUUGUUUUUUGCGGUGUUGAGGCUAAACGUUACAUUAUUAAGUUUCAGUCUGAUGUUUGGUUUUCUUGUGUGUUAGAUGGUUUUGGUUUUUUGAGGUUUUGUAUAUACAGCACGUCUUAUAAAGGUUUUGACGGUGUUGUUGGUGGGUUUAGUAGGUUUUUUUAUUUUUUAGGGUUAAAUUGUUCUUGUGGUGAUGUUGCUUUUCUUUCUUCUUUAUGUUUUGAUGAAGAUAAGUUUAGUUAUUUUUUUAGGUAUUCACGAGAUUUUUAUUUACGUUCUUUUUUGUUUGAUUUUGUUUCUGUUGAGGUUGUUAAUGUUUUUUCCCGUUUGUUAAAUGUGGGGUAUUUGAAUAAGUUGUCUUUAGGCGGGGACGGAGUGUCUACUAAAUAUGUUAAUAGUUUAACUGAUAUUGUGUUUGGUUUAGUGAGGUAUUCUUUUAGUUUUCGUCGUUUUAUUAGGUAUUUCAGGUUCUUAUUAGAUUGUUACGAAUCGGAGGAGGAGUCGUUUAGUGUAGUGUUAUUUAAGGAGAAUUUGUUGGUUAAUCCUGUUCUGCAUUACGCUAAUCAGUUAAAUACUUUAUCGUGUAUUCACGACAAGUUUAAGAUUAAUGUUUUUGGGUAUUCUAGUUCGUCUAGUAAUAGUUUUAUUGUUAGUCCAUCUUUUAGAGGGGUUAAAAGUGAGUAUUUUGGUUUUAUUAAUAUGCUUUAUACUUCUGAUGGAGAAACUUGUGGUCUUUUAUCUUUAAUUACUAGUGGUGUUGUUCUGUGUGAUUUUAAGCUUAGGGCUUAUUCGUCUGUUAGUGGUUUGUCUUCGGAGUCUUUAGCUUUUAGUUUGGAUGUUUUUUCGAGGGCGUUGGUUAAUGUAGGGGUUAAAGAGUUUAACUUUAGAAAGGUUAAAGGUAGUUUGUCUAGGUUUAAAGGGUACGAAACGUAUUUUAACGGGAGGUUUAAAGACGGUAAUGUUUCUUUUGAGGGUUCUGGGUUUGGUGUUACUAGUGGUUUAUCUAGUGUUCUUUCUAUAACUGAGUUGGUUAUUCCUUUUCUGUUUAAUGAUGAUCCUUGUCGGGGUUUAAUGGGUUCUAAGAUGCAUAUGCAGGCUUUGCCUCUUGUUUAUUCUUCGGUUCCUUAUGUUUUUACGAAGUAUAAUCAAGUUACUGACGCUAUUUCUUCUAGGUGUGUUUAUUCUUCAUGUGUAGGUGUGGUUGUGGAGGUGACUAGUUAUUCUGUGUCGGUACAGGACGAACAGGAUAGGUUUGUUGAUUAUCAUUUUUCUCCUUUUAACAUUUCGGAUUAUGAUUCUUACUCUUGUUACACGCCUAUAGUUAGGGAGGGGGAGCGUGUUGAUAUUGGGCAAAUCCUAGCAGUUCCUAGAGAUGUGGAAAAUUUAGAAUAUUCUGUCGGGUUUAAUAAUGUUGUUAAUUACGGGAUGUAUUAUGGGUACGAACACGAAGAUGCUGUUAUAGUUAAUAAAAGUCUUUUAUUUGAUGAUGUUUUAACUUCUGUCUCUUUUGAUGUUUAUGAGAUGUAUUUGUCCAUAGAUCAUUUUAAGUAUGUGGAAUUGACCCUCCCUAGGCUUCGUAAGUAUAAUAGGUGGUUUGUCAAAGCUAAACGGGCUUCUGGGUUUUUUAGUAAGGUUAGGUAUGUGUUUGAGGAUUACGUUUUAAUGUCUAAAAUUAGGUAUGAGGUUUCUUCGUUCGAAGGGAAGAGACGGGUUAAGCUGGUUAGAAAAGUUUUUUAUAAGAACAGGAAAUUGUGUACGAGCAGGUAUUAUGUCAAGGUCAAAACUGGUGGUGAGGGCCGUAUAGUGCAGUCUUGUGUGCUUUCAUAUAAUAGGUUUCGUCAGCUUGAUAGUGGUUUUACUGCUAGAAAUUUUGUGUAUUUAUAUAUUAGGUUUUUUGUUUCCAAGGUGGAUCGUGUUAACGUGGGUGAUAAGGUCUGUGGUAGGCACGGUAAUAAGGGGGUUAUCUCCAAGAUAGUAGAUGCUGUGGACAUGCCUUACACCUCUUUUGAUUUGUGCCCUUCUUCUGUUACUAGUCCUAUAGGCGCUUUAGCGCGUAUGAAUGUUGGGCAGUUUUUGGAGGGUCAUUGCGGUUAUAAUGGAGGUCUGUUAGGUUGUAGGGUUAAAGCUCCUGUAAAUGUUAAACAAUCUUGUUUGUUUUCUUUUAUAAGUUUGUUUUCUGAUAGGUUAUGGGGUAGUUUUUACGGUGGGUUGGUUAACGGUUCUGAGUGUGUUUUAAAAGAUUUUAAAACUGGGUACCGUCUUAAGAGUUAUGCUCAUUUAGCUUUGUCUUAUUGUUUAAAGCUUAUGCAUACGUCUAAGAGCAAACAUCAAUAUAGGUCGGUAGGUAGGUAUAGUUUUGUUACACAACAACCUGUACAGGGUAGGUCUAAUAAAGGGAGCCAAAGGUUUGGUGAGAUGGAGGUCUGGGCUUUAGAAGCUCAUGGAGUGUCUUAUAACCUGAGAGAGAUGGCCUAUGUUAAAACGAAUUAUAAAGCUUUUAUUUCUUUUGGUUCUUUUGGUGGUUGUUCGGAGAUUUUUAAAUCUUUGGUGUUGGAGCUUAAGAAUGUACUUAUAGAUAUAAGGGUUAGUGAGGUUUCUAAGUUUUCUCCUGGGUUUUUUACUAAUGUUUAG